UGUAGCUGGUCACGUCAAGACUGCUCAUCUUCACUGCUUUAGGAAUGAGAUGAUGACAGUGGAGAUAAUUUCCCAAUCACCAUUGAGCAAAAUACGGAUCGAAGUAGAAUCUGUGAUAUUCAUGCUACCUGCGGUUCUCGCCCGUUUUGUAUUACUCAUGUUUAAGAGCAGCUUGUUGGCGUUUCUCAUGGGCCACUUGUUCAAACUUUGUGAGACACCGGAGUUACAGCACAUGAAAACAACCCUCUAUCUUCUGGAACGAUGGCGACGCAAGGGCGCUACGGUUUUGCAGCUGCUAGUGGAAAUAUGUGGAACCAACUGGAUUGUGUUAAAGGCAGGUAUUUAUGCUGCAGCAAAUUGAUUUAAUUUGUUAACAAUAGAAGUUUCCAGACGUGGACUAUGUCUUCUGUGCUUAAGGUACAAAAAGGCAACCGACUACGCUUUCGCGUCAGUCGCGGAAAAGUUGGGACUUGAAAAGGAUUCAUAAUCGGAUCAGUUUGUUAUAUUGGUAUGAAAUCAAUUGCAUGAGAAGCGUUGCCUGCAAAAUGGUAGGAAAAUGUAAAGCAUUAUAUAUUGGAUAUUAUUUGAUAUUUCAACUCCCAAGAGUGAAAGAUUUCUCUAGAAUUCGCAAUACAGGCGCGGUGUAACUUUCAUGUGAUUAAAAUAUUCGCAAAUUAUGGUGUUGCCUAGCAAGCGAACAAUCUUUGAAAUGUGGUGAUUUUACAUAUGUGAUUCAGAGUUUCGUAGAAGAUGCCAGACGUUUAUUCUGUUGGAACGCUCCGAAAUAUAAAGACGGGAAUGACGUGCUUGAAUGGAAAAGUGAGACACAGAUCCGAUGAAAUUUGACCGAGCGACGACAAUGUCCAGGAAUUAAUCAUGCGCGUCGUCGGGGACAAAGUAAGCAGCACAUGCGAGGCGGUCGUUGGCUCCUUAACCAAAGUCUCGUCUUUGCCAUUUGUGUUUUUCCUCAUGUUGGUAGUUGAUUAUCGGGAGUAAAUUGCGCACGUUAUUCAACUGGGGGUACAAAUGCUUAAAUUCCUAUCGUGGCUGACACCCUUACUAGACAUUCGCUACUCGCACGAAAACUCAAGCUGUUCCAAUUGACACGCAUAAUAACGAGAUGCGUUCGCCUCGGCCAGCUUAAUGGCCGGAAUAAAGAAUGGUGUGAUAUCCACGAUCUCUAGUCAACAGUUGGAGCUGGAAAAUAAAGUGAAUGUGUCGUCCAACGGCUACGUCGAUUACAGCGAACGGCCGGAGACGUACAUUGUGCCACUUCUCUUUGGCGUCGUCUUCCUGGCUGGCGUCAUUGGCAAUGGAUGUCUCAUCAUUAUCUUUUGCCGUCACAAAUCGAUGCGCAAUCUUCCAAAUUUUUACAUCUUCAAUUUGGCAGUCGGCGACCUUCUCGUCCUUCUCUGCUCCGUUCCUUUCACGGCGACCAUUUACACGUUUGAUUCGUGGCCCUAUGGUGAGUUCGCCUGCAAAGCCUCAGAGUUUGCCAAGGAUACGUCUGUGGGUGUUUCGGUCUUCACGCUAACUGCGCUCAGCUUGGACCGGUAUACUGCUGUUGUGAAACCGGUCGAAUCGUUUGUCACCAACCCCAAAUCAAAGCUUUUUAUUAUCAUUUGUAUUGCAUUAAUUUGGCUGGCUUCCGUCGGGUUGGCCUUACCAGCUGUACUCUUUUCGCACCUGUUGAUCUUGGAUGGGGAAGAGAUACCUGAGACAGAACGUAUUCGGGAUAGCAACGGGACAUUAAUGGGCCCAAUGUAUCAUGAGAUUUUUAUCUGCUAUCCAUUUCCACUAGAAUUUGGUCCUUCUUACGCGAAGAUAGUCGUCGUUAGUCGUUUUCUAAUUCAUUACUGUUUGCCUCUUCUCGUCAUUGGUAUAUUUUAUACGAUUAUGGCUCGUCAUCUCAUGCAAAGUGUUCAGGAUAUUCCAGGCCAGGCUACGCUGGAACCCGUCUCGCCUGGACGUUGUCGACAAGCGUCGGAGACAUCUAAUAAUUCGAACAGGAACCGAGAAUCUCGUAUCAAAGUCGCCAAGAUGGUGCAAUGCUUCGUCGUUCUGUUUGCCAUUUGCUUCUUACCAAUGCACAUCUUCUUCUUGUGGUUUCAUUUCGAUCCGAACUCCCGAAAGAAUUUCAACCAUUUUUGGAACGUUUUCAGGAUUUUCGGUUUUGUUUUGGCCUACACCAAUUCUUGCAUCAAUCCCAUUGCUUUGUACUGUGUCAGUACUAAUUUCCGCAAACAUUUCAACCGUUUGCUUUGCUGCUGCAAUGAUGACGAUGUCUUCAGCUCCGGUAGAAGAAGUCGGAGCCUUCGAACCCAAUACCGCCGAGAUGGUGAACGUUCAGACGUUGAGCUUCGUGACACACGUCCGUACGAGCCCACAUUAUCCUGUCAGCAACCAUCUUGCCAAUCUAGCGACGAAACGUGUUAAACUUACGCAAAGUUGGUGCCCGCAUCACAAAUCGAACGGUAUAAACCGAAAUUGGCCGUUAGAGAGAAAAAUAUCGCUAUUCCAUUAACAUCUAUUUUACGUGACGUCUUAAUGUCGUGUAUUAAUGUUGUUGGAACGAACUUUUUUGUACGAAAACGAAGCCGCUCUUAAGGAUUACGCUCUACAAUUGUCUGGAAUGCGUAAGGUGUGUUAAAGGUAUUAGUUCUGGCAUAAAAUGCCUUUACAUAAAAUAAGACUAUUGAUGGUAGAGUAUCUUUAUGUUAUUGUAUUAAUUUGAGAUUCACUAUAUUUUAACUAGUAUUCUUUGGCCUCUAUGUUCUUAGCAUCUGUUCUUCAUAAUUUGCUAAACCCGCUAGAAGCAUCACCUUAACCUUUAAUUGUUUCAAAACCUAAAUGAAAAAAUCUAUUUCAGAUGGUAACGCUUUUACUUCAAGUCAAGUUCUUCAAAACAAAUGAAGUUGGGUAAUUUGGGUUGACAUUAACAGUGAUAAGUAUAACUGUCGAACAGGAAAAGUUAAAGACGAAUUAAAUUACAAGUUAGGCGUUUGUGCAACUUUUGUGGCACCCUCUGUUUGUGCUGGGGUACUGGUUUACAGGGAAAGGUUUUUUUUUAUUGAUUCAAGGUGACGUUAUUGGAUUUGUCAUUAAUUUUAUUCAAUCUACCCUUUUGUAUAUAUGUUGUCAACAAUAUGUACUCCUGCAUGGGCUAAUUUAUUAUCUUGAUGUUUUAUGAAAUGUGUAUCCUAGAAUAGAGUAGGCAGUACUUGAAUACUCGAGCUUCUCUGCUCAAAAUGAUAAGGCACCGAUCUUCUAAGCUGGGGCUUGCAAAUUCGAGUCCGAUAUAGUUGGAAUUACUAUCAGUGAACGAAAAUGCUGUUACUUACCUGUGAUUUGAACGAGAAAUAUAUCUGAUAAUACUAUUACGUGUCACUUGAGCGAGA